AUGGCGGCUAUAAGCAAGCCUGAGCUUAUUUUGCAGGAAACGCCGCCACUGAACAAGCUUCUAUAUCAAAAAGUUCAGUGUAAAGCAAAAAACAAGAUGAAGAGUACAAGUUACAACUUCUGUAUCCUGAUUUUGUCUCUGGCUCUGGCUAAUACAAUUGCUGGUCAUUAUCAUAAAUGUUCUCAUGACAAGUUUCCUAAAAAAUUUUUGAUUCGAACACACUUAGAAGAUUCUGCUGAUUCUAAAGCUACAAAGAAUGUUGGAAGAGAUGCUGCUUUUAAUCAACCGAUUCGUAUCAAUAUCCAUUACAAUUUUACUGCAUUAGGAGGAGUACUAUCAUUGGCAAAGCAACAGCAAGUGAAGUCUGUUAUGAGUCAUGUCAAAGAAAAUCUCGAAUCAAUCCUUACAGUACGAAGGACUCCAAGCCCUCUUAGAUUACGAAGGUAUUGUAGUAAUGAAGAAGUUUCUGUUCUAACUGGUCCAACUGAACCAUGUCCUGAUCAAUGUGCAAAUGAAACACUUCUUUGUGGGUACUUUCCAGUACCAUCAGAACAUCUACAGCGUUGUGUGGAGUGCAAUGGUGACAGUAGCAAUUGUGUUGAGGCUUACAGUGAUGGACCUGGCCUUGAAGAUACAGACCUUGCCUUGUAUGUGUAUGGCAUUACUUUUAAUUGUGAGGGGGGCACCAUUGCUUAUGCUGCAGCCUGCCAAUUAGAAGAUCAAUAUGACAGAAAUCAACCAAUAGCUCCAUUCUGUGAUUUCUUUAAUGAUGAUGAAAAUCCUCAAAACCUAUCUUGCAAUAUAGACAGGACAGCAGUUGCUUUUUGUAACCUUGUGGAUAAUUACAAUUAUGUAGCACCUUUGGCGGUAUCUAUACCUCCAGAAUAUCAGUAUUUUAAUUCAGGCGCAAAUUUUAACAGCUCAGCAUUUAGACUCCCAUUUUAUGGUGGAAUUUUCCAAACAGCAGACUUCUGUCCAUUUUAUUUUUAUCUGUAUAAUCAAGCCCCUCGAGGUAUAUGUAGGAAAGGGAUUCCCCUAACUGAUAAUAAUGAAGCAGCAGAGAGAUAUGGACCUAGGUCACGUUGUGUGGAUCACUCUGGAAAGUGGCAGAUCACUAAUGGCUCAAACACAUACACUGCCCAAUACAGUGCAGGAUGCUAUGAG